GUUGCCAUAAUUUAUGAAGCUGAUGAACCCAAUCAAGAUCGAAAAAUCACAUAUGGUGAACUUUUACGUGAUGUUUGUCGUCUCGCCAAUGCGUUGAAAGCUCAUGGAGCAAGAAAAGGUGAUAUUGUCACUAUUUAUAUGCCAAUGGUGCCCGAAGCCGUCAUUGCUUUCUUGGCAUGUGCUCGUCUGGGGGCAGUACACUCUGUAGUCUUUGCUGGUUUCUCUGCUGAAUCUUUACGUGAUCGAAUUCAAGAUGCAUCUAGUAGAUUUGUCAUCACUGCUGAUGAAGGCCGUCGUGGUGGUAAAACUACUAUUAUAAAAAAUAUCGUAGAUAAUGCUUUAAAAGAAUGUCCUACCGUUGAAUGCGUUUUUAUUUUCCGUCGUACUGGCUCAAAAGUUCCGUUCAUUACUCCUCGUGACGUAUGGUGGCACGAAGAAAUUGAAAAAUAUCGACCUUAUUGUCCUCCAGAAAUUGUCAAUGCAGAGGAUCCUCUAUUUUUGCUUUACACUUCCGGAUCAACUGGCAAACCAAAGGGAAUUCUUCACACUACAGCUGGUUAUUUAUUAGGUACAGUAACUACAUUCAAAUAUGCAUUUGAUUAUCAUGAUGGAGAUAUCUUUGGUUGUAUGGUUGACAUUGGUUGGGUUACUGGUCAUACUUAUAUUGUCUAUGGUCCGUUGGCUUAUGGUGGUACUACGAUCUUGUUCGAGUCGACACCUUUUUAUCCUACACCAAAGCGGUAUUGGGAGGUUGUUGCCAAGCAUAAGAUUACGCACUUUUAUACAGCACCGACAGCUAUUCGUUUAUUACGUAGAUUUGGCCGUGAACAUAUUGAUUGUCAUGAUCUUUCAAGUUUAAGAAUUAUUGGAUCAGUUGGUGAACCUAUCGACCCAGAAUCUUGGAAGUGGUAUAAUGAAGUGGUUGGCAGAAAUGUUUGUUCGGUUAUUGAUACAUAUUGGCAAACAGAAACUGGAUCGAUAGUUAUAUCACCAUUACCCGGUGCUAUUCCAACGAAACCUGGUUCAGCGACUUUACCAUUUUUUGGUAUCGAUCUUGCAGUACUUGAUUCUACUACCGGUAAUGAGAUAACAACAAUGGAGGCAGAAGGAGUUUUGGCCAUACGCAAACCCUGGCCAUCAAUAGCACGUACAAUUAAUAAAGAUCAUAAUCGAUAUGUUAAUACAUACCUAAAACCCUACAAAGGUUAUUACUUUACAGGUGACAGUGUUUCUCGAGAUAGAGAUGGUUAUUAUUGGAUUCGUGGACGUGUGGAUGAUGUUAUUAAUGUGUCAGGUCACAGAUUAUCAACUGCAGAGAUCGAAUCAGCUUUAAUUGCUCAUCCUAAGGUUGCAGAAACAGCAGUCAUUGGAAUACCUGAUGAAUUAACAGGACAAAGUGUACACGCUUUUACCACCCUAAAACCAGACUGUAAUGUGGAUGUAAAAGAUUUGAUCUCACAAGUACGUGAGGCUAUUGGAACAUUUGCUGCACCUAAAAAGAUUUAUGUUGUUGCUGAUCUACCAAAGACUAGAAGUGGAAAAAUUAUGAGACGUAUUUUAAGAAAGAUUAUUUCUGAUGAAACAGAUCAAUUAGGUGAUUUAAGUGCUUUGUCAGAUCCAAAUUUGAUACCUAUUUUGACUGAAAAAGUUAAUAGUUCAUAG